CUCCCUCAGAUAGCCAUGAACACCUGCAAGUUCAAUGGCGGCGUGGUGAGACCACUAGUGGGCAGCCUGGCGUCCUCGUCGCGCCGCAAUCUCGCGGAGCUUGACUCGGAGACGCAGCCCUUACAGACGCUGCACAGCUCUGGCCUGGAGGUGGUGGUGUCCAAGGGCAACAGCGGCGAGGACCCCAGCAAGGCAUCCAACGAGAGCUUGGUCAGGGAGGGUGGCUGGGGGGGCGGUGGAGGUGGGGCGCCGCAGAAGAAGAACAAGGACAUUGGCUACAAGCUUGGCCACCGGAGGGCGCUGUUUGAGAAGCGAAAGAGGCUCAGCGACUACGCACUCAUCUUUGGGAUGUUUGGGAUUGUUGUCAUGGUGACGGAGACAGAACUGUCAUGGGGGGUUUACACUAAGGAAUCUUCGUACUCAUUUGCACUGAAAUGCCUUAUCAGCCUUUCCACUGUUAUAUUGCUUGGUCUUAUAAUAAUGUACCAUGCCCGGGAAAUCCAGCUGUUCAUGGUCGACAAUGGUGCGGAUGACUGGAGGAUAGCCAUGACGUACGAGCGGAUCUUUUUCAUCGUGCUGGAGCUGCUGGUGUGUGCCAUCCAUCCCAUCCCGGGCCAGUACGUUUUCACCUGGACAGCGCGGCUGGCCUUUACCUACACGCCAUCGGUGGCGGAUGCCGACGUGGACAUCAUCCUCUCCAUCCCCAUGUUCCUGAGGCUCUACCUGAUUGGCAGGGUCAUGUUACUCCACAGCAAGCUGUUCACGGACGCUUCGUCUCGCAGCAUCGGCGCCCUCAACAAGAUCAACUUCAACACGCGCUUUGUCAUGAAGACCCUCAUGACCAUCUGUCCAGGAACUGUUCUGCUGGUGUUCAGUAUAUCCUCCUGGAUCAUUGCUGCAUGGACCGUGCGCGUCUGUGAGAGGUAUCAUGACAAACAGGAAGUGACCAGUAACUUCCUGGGAGCCAUGUGGCUCAUCUCGAUUACCUUCCUCUCCAUUGGCUAUGGGGACAUGGUACCACACACGUACUGUGGGAAAGGCGUGUGUCUGCUUACAGGGAUUAUGGGAGCUGGUUGCACUGCACUGGUGGUUGCAGUGGUGGCCAGGAAGCUGGAGCUGACCAAGGCUGAGAAGAAUGUCCACAACUUCAUGAUGGACACACACUCUGCAAACGAGGUAAAGAACACAGCUGCCAAUGUACUCAGGGCAACAUGGCUCAUCUACAAACACACCAAGUUGGAGAAGAUAGAUCAUGCCAAGGUGCGGAAACACCAGCGCAAGUUUCUCCAAGCCAUUCACCAACUGCGCAGUGUGAAGAUGGAGCAGAGGAAACUUAAUGAUCAGGCCAACACCUUGGUGGACCUGGCAAAGACCCAGAAUGUGAUGUAUGACCUGGUGUCGGAGCUGCAGGAGCGCAGUGAGGAGCUGGACAAGCGCAUCGGCACAUUGGAGGACAAGCUGGACUCGGUGACGGGCAGCCUGCAGGCGCUGCCCUGCCUCAUCUCCCAAGCCAUAACCCAGCAGCAGCAGGACUUCCUGGACGGCUUUGUGCACCACUUCCGGCCCGCCUCGCUAGCCUCAGAGCGCUCCGAACGCUCUGAGCGCUCCUGGACUUCCACAGCCCGCCGGCGGCGCUCACCCUCCACGGCACCACACACCUCCUCUGAUAGCGGAUAACCCUGGCAAACCCUCUUCAAACCCCUUUGAGCCCCGCCUUUCCCAGACCAACUUGUCACCUCGCCCCAUUCUAUACAAAUCCAUCCCUAUAACCACUGGUGAGUCCAUAUUGGGACUCAUAAUGAACCCAUAUCUUGCCUCCAAACCCCUGACCUGACCCUUGCCCUUAUUUUCCCCCUCCCACCCAUCCCCUCUCCCCUUCCUCCCACCUAGACGUCAAAUCCAAAAACCAAUUCUUCUGUGACUGAGUCUCUCAGCGCAGGACUGGAUCAGAGCUACUCCAAAAGAACAAAGAAAGGCAAAUGCAGACUUAAAUCAAGAAGAAACACACAUACAUACAAACACACAUGCAUCCAAAAAAAUAACAAAUUUAAAAAAUGACUUUGAAAAACCGAGAUAAAGUAGAGAUAUGGUUUAUGUUUUAGCCAUUGUAUGGCUGUUCAAGUUAGCUUUUUUGUAAAAGCCCUUGUAUAGUUAAAAAAUGACUGAGUUCAGGGUCGCUGGGGUGAGAGCUGGCUAUCACACCGGAGAGUCCUUAACCAAGAGGGGGGAAGUUGGUCUGUGGAGCUGAGGGUCUCGGCUCACCUGCUGGCCUGCUGAGGCCAUGGAGGACAUCCGUCCAUCCAUCUGUCCGUCUAUCAGUUUGUUCGGUGAGGGGAGCAAGUCAAAACAUUGGACUUCCCUUUCAAAAGACUAGUGUCAUGGAUUCUUCCCCGUAGGCUAAGGUGACGGCUUAAGAGAGGCUCUGACAUCAGUUCAGUGUUUGAAAACGCACUUAAGGGGGAGGGGAAAGUGUCACAAAAAAGAAGAGCAAAGGGGAUGCACAUGGCGUUACUACUGAGUAGGAAAAAUUUACACAAUUGCCAACUUCAAGGUUUCAGUUUCCUUGUUCUUACCAAGGGAAAGUUGAGAGCGACUAUCUUUUUUAGUUACAUAUUGACAUGUGAUUUUUCAGUGCCUGAAUGUAUAAAUAGUAGAGGGUUAUUUAAUUACUAAUUCAGAGCUUUUUACGAUGUUAACAGUCCUGAAUACAAGCAUUGCAUUCCUUUUUCAGAUACAUUCCUCUCCAAAAACUCAAAGAAAAUGUCUUAAUGUAUUGCAUAACAUUGCCUCCAUUACACAGUAACUCUAAAUGGUUUGAGAACCUUUUCUUUUUCUAUUUUUACUAACACCUUGAAAACAAAAAAGUUCAGUUCAGAGAGUGAGAGACAGAGAGGCAGAUUAAGAGAAAAUUUGUGGUUGUGUUUGUUGGAGAGAAAGUGUUCACUUUUAGCUCAAUGCUGCGCACUCAUACACAAAACAAUGAAAUAUGUAGUCUAUCUUUUUCACCACCACAAAUCAGAGCUUCCACUGGUCUUCAGAUAAUGGCAUGGCUUGAGGUUUGCUGGGAUAUAUGGCCACACAGGCACACAACACUGGCCGAACUGAGAAACCAACCCUGCCCCUUUGCAUGGUUCUGUGCAAAAAUGACGAUGGAGUAACAACUUCUUUAGACGGCUUGAUGAUUAACAUGAUUUACAUGAUUUUGAUUUUAUUAUGUUUACUUUUCUUGAUUUGUUCUCCUUUGACUUUUUUUUUUAAAAACUGAAAUUUCUUUUUUUAAUAGGAUACCUAGGAUUUUUAGACUUGCAGAAUCUAGAGAGUUGCAGUAAUGUGAUACUGUACAACAAUGCAUUCCCUGUUUAAAAUAUGGCGUAAAGAAAAAGUUAAAACUUAAGGAGAAUCCUGAAAGAAUACAAAUAAAAGUGCUUAAGAAACAUUGAUGGUUACAGAACAGUGAAUUGGUCCCAUUACAGUA